ACCUGUCGCCGCUAUGCCCCUGUAUGUACUGUCAGAGUGGAGUGGCUGCCGGUGCCGUCGGCGACCCGUCAGCGGCUGCGGCCGCGGCUAUGAUGGACCCCAACCACUACAACCCCUACCAUCACCCCUACUACAGAGUUGGUGCCACAGGCGUCAAGGAUCACCACCACCACCACCAAAGUGUCGAGUCGGCGGCACAGGCGGCUGCCGUACAAACCAGAAUCCUGGAAAUGCGUAAAGAGAAGAGUAGAGACGCCGCCCGUUCCCGUCGGGGCAAAGAAAAUCACGAGUUUUAUGAGCUAGCUAAAAUGCUACCAUUACCAGCAGCCAUUACUUCCCAAUUAGGUAAUGCAUUAUUAGACAAAGCGUCGAUAAUAAGACUUACGAUAAGUUACUUAAAAUUGCGUGACUUCUCGUCCAAUGGUGAGCCCUCAUGGAAUAUGGGGAACGGUAGCAACAACUCUACCCUUAAGAUAAGCAAAUCAUGCAACAUGUUUGAUUUGCACCAGGGUACUCAUAUUCUACAAUCACUGGAUGGCUUUGCGUUUGCAUUGGGACACGACGGCCGGUUCCUCUACAUCUCGGAGACGGUGUCUAUCUAUUUAGGACUGAGUCAAGUCGAGAUGACAGGCUCGAGUGUUUUUGAUUAUACCCAUCAACAAGAUCACGCAGAACUGGCUGAGCAAUUAGUUAGGAAUUCCUAUCCCAUACCCACCCAACCCACUGGUCUUAACGUGAGCACAUCCGGUGGUCAUCAGCUAUCAUCGUCACCACUGCCACCGGCAUCCGUGGGCUCCAGUGCGAGCAAUGAGUCCGAUUCCGGAACACCCUAUAGUAACUCUCACUCGCAUAUUACGACCACCGGGUCUAACGACACGAUGGAAAGGCAGUUCUGCAUCCGCAUGAAGUCUACGCUCACCAAAAGGGGGUGUCAGCACUUCAAGUCCAGUGGCUACCGGGUCAUACAUAUCAUCGCUCACCUCAGGCCUGAGAUCCCUGGCCCGCAGCACCAGCAGCAGCGACGGGACACGAAUGGACACACAAAGAUCAUAGGGAUGGUAGCCGUGGCCAUCGCACUGCCCCCUCCCUCUAUCAAUGAGCUUAGGCUGGAGCCGGAUAUGUUUGUCACGAGACUUGGCCUCGACUUUAGAAUAGCUCACUGCGAGCCCCGUGUAUCAGAUCUGCUGAACUACACAUCGGAUGAGCUGACGGGCCGUAACAUGUAUUCACUAAUUCACGGACAGGACGUGAUUCACAUUCGUAAAAGUCAUUUAGAU